AUGGUUAACCCAAAGAUUCUCUGCCUCGAGGCUGAAGUCCUUACGAAUAUCCUCGAAUACGUUGACGAUGAAUCCCCUCAUACCACCGCUGGCGUCGCCCAAACCUGCAAACAUCUCAAUCAUGUGGUCAAGCUCGUGCGUUACCGUCGCCUCACCGUUCACUGGGAUCAAAAGCUUGGCCACUGGGUUGAUUGGGCCGGCCGCAAACAAGAAGAAUGGGAGACCCCCGAACUCCUCCAGGGCUUGCGACAUCUCACUGUCCGCGGAGGCGCUAGACUUGUACUACGCCCCGAACGGUAUUCAGAAACUGCCGUAGAAGAAACUUACGCCAACAUUAAUCGAUUGAAGACUGUCGUCCAGAAUAUCGGCAACUUGAAGACGCUGGUCUGGCAGGUCGGCUGUCUACCCACGGCGGAGUUCAUCCAGACCUUGCAGGCCUAUCAACCAAACGUCAAAAUGGAGCUCCAUCGUGCCAAAAGACUGGAAAAAGAGAACCGGCCACUGGAAUCGGAGAAAGCCCUGUCGACAGCGACCUUCCUGAGCACGUUUUCGAUGAUUACCACGUCAGCCACAUAUAUUGAAGACACCAUGAUUUUCCAGAUGAUGCUGUGUUCGGCACCAAACCUGAAAUUCGCCUCUCUAAUCUCUCCCGAAAUAAGGCUGGGGGGCUCUGUGGGCUCUGAGAUCGCCUCCCUCCAAUCCAAUUUCGAAUCCUGGUUGCCACAGGCUCAGAGGACGCCGAGUUCGUCACUUUGCCACCUGACAUUGGAUGGUUGGGAAGUGUCUAGUGGAUGCCUCGACUACUGGUCGCAGUACGUCAACUUUGCGUCCUUAAAGAGCUUGAAGUGCAGCAGAGGUCUUGUCCAUGCGUCAUUUUUUGAGCGCGCAUCCCAAGUAUUGACGAAUCUAAAAAGUCUCAGUAUCAAUUUCGGUUCUGAUAGCCCCCUCUUCGGUCGGCUUCGCAUCCAACGACUUGCCACUGCAGCGGAGCACUAUAUUGCCACAUGCCCGCCUUUGUUGACUUUGAGUGUCUGGUCAUGGAGAGGCAAAGUGCCGCUCUCUACCAUCCUCAAUCAGCAUGGAGCCACCCUCGAGGAGCUCCAACUUCACGAGCGUGAAGAUCCCGAUGGUCUUUCUCUUCGAGAUCCUUUCUCUGUAGAGGAACUUCGGUCCGUUCGAGAGUCAUGUCCCCGCCUGAGGGUACUCACGAUCGAUCUCAAUAGAACCUCACGGUACCUCGGGAUCGAGGACUAUGAGGGGACGUUAGAUGAGCUUCACAGAUUCAACCUUGACAAGAUCCAAAUUUAUUUGGAUAGCGGUAUGCGAUGGUUGCGGAGACGUGCUCAAAAUCAAUUCGCUUCGGAUUCCAACAUCGAACAAUCCGGUCAUCUGGUGGACGAUGACCAAACACCUCCAUUGGAUGAUGUCAGCCUUCCCAGUGGAUGCCAUGGCGACAUUGAAUUCGAGGAAGCCAAGCCUUUCAGAAUCGAGACAGGAGACCUAGACUUGGGGCCUCACAUACAGGACGGAUUCGUCUUUCUACAACCUCCGUCUACGCACAAGGACAUCUGCCGCUUUCUCAUCAAAGCCUGGAAGAUCAUCUUUGCCUCCAAAACCACGGGCCCAAGACAACUCGACCUCAAAGUCGGGGAGUGGGAGAGCAAGAUCCAACCUCUGCUCCUUGCAGCCGGGAGACACAGCAUGAGGGAGAUCAAAGUUUGGUGCCGUGCAAGGCCCCAUGAGAGGGAUGAUAUGGCUGGAGAAUGUGCCGUCGAGAUCGAUUGUUGUGGUGGACGCCAUAGAAGGAAGUUCGCCAGCGGUUAA